AUUUAAGAGUGGCAUGUAGUCGCGGCGAAUUCCGAGCCGCAACCGAUGGUGAACCGAACAGGGAACUCUACCUGCAAGCGUCUUCACAAAAAGACCGUUACAAAAAAUCACGCUGGCGACAUCGAUCCCGCAAGUUACUUGGUUUAAUUCGUUCACUGCGACGACUUUUUCCGAGUAGCACGAACGGAGUUUACCAUGUCUCUUGCAUCUGGACCGAGCCAUGCAGCCUACACAUGGGUGGCACAAAGAGGUGGAUUUGGUAACCAAACGGUGGUCGACAAAGUGCUGCCGGAUAUGCUUCACAUGGUCGACGUUCACUGGUACCAAUUUCCACCGAUGAACCCCCUGUGGCACUCGCUUCUCGGCUUCGUCAUCGGUGUCCUCGGCAUAACAUCCGUCAUCGGUAACGGCAUGGUGGUAUACAUAUUCACCACUACUAAGAGUCUCCGUACCCCAAGUAACCUGCUCGUCAUCAAUCUCGCCAUCUCCGAUUUCAUCAUGAUGUUGGCCAUGUCUCCAACUAUGGUGAUUAACUGCUAUUACGAGACUUGGGUGCUGGGACCCUUAUUCUGUGAAUUGUACGCCUUGGCGGGCUCCCUGUUCGGAUGUGGCUCCAUAUGGACGAUGACGAUGAUAGCAUUCGACAGGUACAACGUAAUCGUCAAAGGCUUGUCCGCUAAGCCAAUGACUAUUAACGGCGCCCUCCUUCGCAUAUUGGCCAUCUGGGCUUUUUCAUUACUGUGGACAAUCGCUCCGUUACUCGGAUGGGGCCGCUAUGUGCCUGAAGGCAACAUGACUGCUUGUGGUACUGAUUACUUGAGCAAGGAUAUGAUCUCCAGAUCGUACAUCUUGGCCUACAGCAUCUUUGUUUAUUUCAUGCCACUGUUCCUUAUCAUCUACAGCUACUUUUUCAUCAUUCAGGCUGUCGCCGCCCAUGAGAAGAACAUGCGUAAGCAAGCGAAAAAAAUGAACGUCGCUUCCCUGCGAUCGGCCGAGAACCAGAACACCAGCGCCGAAUGUAGACUGGCGAAGAUAGCUCUCAUGACCAUUUCGCUGUGGUUCAUGGCGUGGACUCCGUACCUGGUCAUCAAUUAUGCGGGCAUCUUCGAGACGAUGACGAUCAGCCCGCUUUUUACAAUCUGGGGUUCUGUUUUUGCCAAAGCCAACGCCGUAUACAAUCCCAUUGUGUACGGCAUCAGCCAUCCCAAAUAUCGAGCUGCUCUCUUCCAAAGGUUUCCGUCUCUGGCGUGCAACACCAGCGAGUCAGUGUCUGAUGCGGAUACGAUGUCCACGACUACCACGGUCACAGAAGGCGAGAAACCUGCCGCAUAAAAUAAUAAUGCUCUAUACAUCAAUUUUUUGAUGAUACAGUAGAUUUAUCAAGUGGAAAAAUCAUGAAACGCUAUAAUGUUCUUGUCAUAAAGAAAUCACAUCAUUAAGCAUGUAAAUAGCUGCAUUAAGUAUCGCGUGCAAGAGAUACACGUCACCAACAAGUAUGUAUUUAACGUGAUUUUAUAUCGUAAGAACAAUAUCGUACGGUUAAUUAUGAUCGAAGCAAAGCCAAGCCAAUAUGCGAACAGCGGAGGACUCCAAACGGUUUUAUUAUUGCUGUCUAUGAUACAUUGUAUGGUUCGGCAGCACCACAAGACGAACUUCUCACAAAUGGCUCAUAGCGCAGUUUGUAACUUUUAUCACCUCUUGAAAUACAUGAUCACUAUGGAAUUAGUAAGUAUAUAAUAUCGUUAAAAGUAUUACAUCGCUGUGAAGGGAUAAUGUCGUGUCUGUAAUAAUUUUAUAGAAUUAAAGAAAUUCUGCAAGCAA